UGCUUUGGUAAAUCCAAUAAGGUGGAUAUUUCAGUUCGUAGAUUUUACAGGAAAAUAAACAUCCUUACAAACAGUUUGAACGUCGUUAUAAGGAACAAACAAGCAGCUACAUGGCCAAUAAGCCACCCACGAAGAUGAAAGAAAACCAACCCUUGAAUAAGCAAAAAAUAACAGUGGACGAAAAUGGUGUAAAAAUUCCCAUAGCGGCCCUGCACACCAAUUGGAAAGAGUCCCGCUGUUUUACGAAGUACAGCUCUUUGAAAGUGGAUUUGGAUGGUAGUCUGAUACUAGAAAAAUGCGACCAGUGGAUGGACGAAACGACAUGGUUUAUCAAGGACAUUAAAUGCUUGCUGGGUUUACAAUAUCAUAAAUUUUGGUCAACAAUUGUGUACAAUCCAUCCGCUUUGGAAAGCAUCCUAUCGUUCGUACAAAAUGCUCUACCAACCUAUCUGGAACUGGAACUAAACUCCAAUGAGAAACAGCAAUCGUACGCGUUGUACUUGGACGCUCGCUCUUACGUGUUAAAAGUAAUUUGCCGCUUCACAGCUGCCAAGGAGGAAAAGAGUUCAUGGAUCGAAUCUGAUUUUCUUGCAAACUUGCUCUACAAACACUUCAUCGUAACGGUGCCCUUCAUGUUGGAUGUUAUUACGGUUUACGGGCGCGACAAUCAAGAAGAGGUGUCGCGCAUAAUUGAAUUCAUCUUACAUAUUCAACCCAAAUACCAGCAAGACUUCCGACAAGGGUUACAAUAUUUGACGAGUGUAUUAGCUGUAAUUCAAAACAGGUGCGAAAUGGAGCUUUUGCGCGGUGUUUCUGAAGCUGCCCUAAAGGAUUUGGCACUUUACGCCCAGGAUUGUGCCUACACUCUCAGUGUUAUGCUAGAAAUCUCUCCAACACUACGGCAAAUAUGUGCCGAUUUGAACUGUGAAUUUGCUAUCAGCAAUUUUUACGACAAUGCGGUGCUGAUGAUUUACCAGAAAAUUCAGGAAAACAACGAAAACUCCAGCUACCUUCCUCUUCUCAACGGCACACGCGUGGAACUGCUGGAAGCCUUCCGUUCUAUAGUCACCGUUCAGUUGGAUAAAAUAUUAUCCGGCUCUGGGGAUAGCUUGUUGGCGGCUGACAAAUUUAUAAGCAUCCUCACGGAGUGUCUUGCAAAUAAUGUGUUUGUGAACGACUACAAACGGCGCUAUGAAACCGAUGACGAUUUACAGAUUGUACAAAUGGGAUUCAAAUCUGUUGAUAAGGUUAAGUUUGAUUUCAUACAAAAAGCCUACACACUGAAAGAGGACGAUGAGGCGACAAUGAAGGAACAGCAGCAAACCGUGGAUUUCGAGACAGAAGUUUAUAGCGAAUAUCCGCAAAGCACUGAUUACACCGAUGAAACAAACGACAACAAUUUGGAGCAACAAAAGCAACUGAACCUUGCAACAAUUAUGGACCUUCUUCCUCAUCUGGAAAUUGAGCAUGUGAAAAAUGUUGUGGAUCGCUACGACAACGUCGAGGAGGCAAUCGCUGUACUACUGGAGCAGAAUCAUUCGGAGGAAAAUCAACAUACCGACCCGAACGCGGAAAACCAAGUGAUUAUUCCGAACGAUCCACUUGACGAGUUCUACGUGAAAACUGGAAUCGAUCGGCUCAACAUUUACGAUGGAGAUGAGUUCGACGUGAUGGUCAACGAUAAGGUGAAGGGUGUUAUGAAAAGGGGAAAAGGAAUGCCGGGUGACGCAAAAAGCUUGAACGAACUGCUGGACGAUAAAAGCCACGUUCGGCAAAUGCGUCACUUUUACCAGCGAUUUGAUAUGAUCGCCGACAUCGACCCGGACGAUGACGAGUAUGAUGAUUCUUUCGAGGCGAUGGCCGAAAGCGAGUCCCGACAUGUAAGGGUGGCGAAGGGUGCAAACAACGUGCUCGCUGACAAUGGGUUGGACGAUGAAAGCGAGAGCGAAAACGAAGAUGAACCCGUGGAACUGGAAGCGAACCGCAAUCCUACGCUAGCGUUUUGCGAAAAUCCUGAAGUAUCCAGAAAGCGGUACGAGGAAAAGCUGCACAGUAAGUAUUUGCGCCGUCAUGGAACGGUCGCGCAGGGCAAGGCACCCGAGAGCAAGGGUGGUGAUGUUCGCGGCAAACCGAAGGGUCAAGGUCAGGAUGCAAAGGUGCUGCAGAACAGAAAGAAUAAAAAUGAAAACAAAUCCUCAGUUGGCAAUCAUAAUCGCAAACAAGGAGCAAGCUACAAACGGAACCGUGGCAUGUUGCCGUCAUAGAACCGUUUAAGCCUUAAGUUCCUGCAACAAAUAUAAUUAUCCUUUGGCGUACCAACCGUUUUCGGCACUGCCAAUUUAAAUAAAUAACAUAAAAGCAAAACAAAUGUUUGCUCAGUAGGUUAGCUUAAAUUAAUUAUUAAAUUAACAAAUUAAAGAGACGAUUGUAAAAAGGGUAA